AGACUUGAGAGCUGUGAAGCUAUAUAACUGUGACUUUUCAACCAGGAGCUGGGGCUCUCAAAUCCAAGUCAAGAAGACAGGACAGGACACUGCACAUUUCUGCAAAAGCCACUACUCAAAUCAACAUCUCAGCAGUUUGGAUCAACAGCAGCAAUGAAGACAACACUAGCAACUCUUACUCUGUGCCUGGUGGCGCUCAUGGCCACAGGUUUCCCUCUGGAGAGGAAAGGGGGCUCACCCUCCGGCCAUGCAGCCAAGGAGAAGCGUGUACAGUAUGCAGCAUGGGAUGAUGUAAAUGUUAUCGCCCAUGGUCUGCUGCAGCUGGGCCAGGGGCUGAAAGAGCACGUAGACAAAACCAAAGUCCAGAUGAGGGACAUCUCCAGCAAGCUGAAGGUGUUUAAUCGCACCGUGACUGAGCUGGGGAAAGAGAGCCAGAAGCUGCGUAUGGAGGGGGAGACCCUGAAAGCUCGAGCUCAGGGGCUGGAGGACAGAGAGGGGCAGCUGUUGAACAUCACAGCCGAGCUAAGGGAGAAGACAGAGGAGAUGCAGCAUGAGAGGAAGAUGAUGGGAGAGAGGAUAAGCCGGCUGGAGGAGAAGGUGGACAGCAUGCUGCAGGGAGACACACUACUAUCUGAGACAAACCCUGGGGCCAAGAACAACAGUGAUGCUCACAACAUCCAGGUGAGAAUGAAAGUUCCUAUCUUUGGCUUUUGAUGAUGACUUCUUUGGGGAAUUAUGAAGCAUGUUAAGAUAAAGGAUGUGAAAUUUGAAAGUGUUGGAAAAAAACAAGGCAAAAGAUUGCAACAGCAUGCAGAGUAUUAACCUUACUCUAGAUACUCCAAGAGACCAACAAGAAGUGGUAAAAAUGUGUUUUUCCUGCAGCAGAUGGUUAAAGGGACUCAUUAAAUCAGUGCAUGUACAGUAUAAAUAGGCAAUUGACUUUUCUCUGAGCUCAGAGGCAUUGAAUUAAAAUGCACAGAGGGCAAAGCAGUGGGUGGGUGGGUGUAGUAAAGAGGAGGGGGAGGUGGUUAGUAAGCCUUCAGGCCGGGGAGUGAGAGUGUGCAGUACGUGCAGGGAAAUACUAAAAGGCAGCCAGACAAAGGGAUCGGCACACAUCAGCUGCAAGAAUGUGUGAAUAAUUCUUGCAGCUGUGACUUUUUACAACCUGGAGCGCAUUCAGCCAUGUGACACAGUGAAAGGGGCUCACAAGAGUUGUGCUUUCUUUACAGUCUGCAUUUACACAGCAGUGAGUAAGCCUGAAAGGCUUCAUAGUGGGAUGGAAAAUCCCGCGCUUGAGAGAGUUACAUAACUGUAACACAGGGGGCUGAAAAGAACAAAUGCUUGUCUUUGAGGGGUGGAAAUGUGUCUGGGGUCUAAGUCUCGGGUUUACCAAUGAAACUCUGUGGUUGUCCUGUUGUUGAGUUAAAUCUCCAUCAGUGAUGUACUCUGAACUUGUUGAGCACCAUGGGUAUGAUUCACACACAUGCAGGAUGUUUAAUAAAACUGAUACAAAGCUAAAUAUGUGGUGCUUUUGUGUGUGUUUUUAUUGUUUCUGCAGCUGAUGCUGGAAGGUCAGAACAAACGCAUUGAUGAUCUGAUGGAGCGGAUCAGACUCCAGCAGGAGAAACUUGACAAGCAGAAUGUGCGCAUCAGGACUCUGCAAAGCCAGGUGAGACAUUACUGAGAGUUUUGACCAUCAAAAGUUUCUGUAACAGAAUUUAGAGUCAGUCUUGAGAGAACUUUUUCCAUUUGUCUCAUUUUCCGCAAUCUCAUCAUUGAUAACUUUUCCAGGUCCAGCAGUCCCGACAGAGACCCCUCACACGCAGCACCAGCAGCAGCACUGACAGCUCUUUAGCGGAGCAACGGGACUCACCAGUCGGUAAGUACAGCUAGAAAGCGUCCGAAAUCCCCUCCUGGCACCGUCUUAAGUCGACUGGACACAAUCUGACGCCAAAUGUGGCUGACCAUCUGGGUUGUCAGGCCAUAAAGAAGCUUAAAUCACUAGCAAUUAGAAUCAAGGAAACUAAUCAAUUUGGGGCACGCUCUCUGCUCAGCAUGACUCCAGAAAUAUCAACUGGUGGGGUUUUUUUUUUCAGCAGUCUUUGUCUUUCAGCCCAAGAAAUCUCAAAGGCAUUAGUCAGACACAAUGGAUUAAUAUCAACAAAAGUAAACUUGUAGUUUAGCCUCCUUAUAAUUUUCACAAACAUGAAUCAAACUAUCAAAAUUUGGCACUAACAAAAGUAUAAAAUCACAUCAGUCAGGAUGAGGCUCAUACUGAACCGUACAGUAAAUGAUGCCCUCAGUGUGCUGGCUAACCCAACAGCUGCUACUCCCAUUGACCUGAACUGGGAAUGGACCAGCAAUCAAAUGAAUCUUUACUGUACUGGAAAGACUUCAAGCUCUUAAACCAAUCAGUUCUUAGUUUCUCUUUUGGUCAGUUCUGUCUCAAUAGAGAGAAAAAAAAUGGGACAAAAGAUGAGUCAAAUUGAAAUACACACAGUUUAUGUUUCUAAAUAGUGAAAUAAAACAGUAGAAUCUGAAUUUCUGAUGGUCAGCAAUGGGAAGUGGGUGAAAGGUAACACAGUUGAGGCUACAGUUGAGAUCAGUCACUUGGUACAAAUCACAAUAACACCUCGCACCUCUGACAUCAGCAGGAUUUGUGCGAAAAAGAAACAAGUUUCCUUGGCAUGGUUUAAACUGGGGGAAAGUUCACCAGUCUCUGAGUGUGUUCAGUCAGGGUCACACAGCUCAACAAGAUUACUCCCACUCAUUUCUGUUGUUUGAGUGUGAUGGUGGUGGGGGUUUGGGGAGGGGGGGUGCAAAAACAAGCCGGCAAAGGCUUUGUAAAUAUCAAGCCUGCAUUGUUCCUCAGAUUACAGUCUUUGUGUAUUCAAGGAAAAAAAAACUCUGAAAAACGAUAGGGAAACGGGAAAAGGAGGCCUAUAUUUAUCUCUGAACUUUGUACAGAUAUCCCGCACUGUUUUGAAGACACUCACCUCCCUCCUCUUUCUUAAGAGGUCCCACCUUUCUGAGUAAUACAAACAUUUGCACAUCCUGACAAGAAUGAGCAACCUUUCCCCUACAUCUGUCAGGGAGUCAGACAUCCCUCCUCCUCCUCCUCCUCCAGCUCCAGGCACAAACCCCCGCUCCUCCAUCUCUUCCUGCUCUCCCAUUGAAAUGAAUCAGAAGUGUGCCAAAGUUCAGGAGAACCCCUGACCCCCGAGGCAGACUACAGCCUGGACUGGCCACAAAGAGUUCAUGCCUGUAGAGGAAAGGUCAAUACUCACAAAUGAGGUAUUGUGGCUCUGCAGUCAGCUGGUGUGCUAACAAUGGGCCAAUAUGUAGGCCAAUAUCAAAGAAUAACAAUCAAAAUUUUACUUUUUAAACAGUUUUAGAAGUUUUUUUUGGUCCUCUACAGCUUCCAUACAGCACGAUUUGUUGCUGUCGUUCACAUUAAAAGGAUCCCCAGAGGGAAACGCCCGGUCUCGUGAACCAUUGGGCACAUGACAGCCCCAGUUGGCUCUGGAGUCCCCUGCUUUGUGUUAUCCCCUUCUCAGAUGUCCCUCUUACAGAAAAAGCCCCAAUGCAUCCCCCUCCCUGUCCUCUGAUCACACCCCAAGCAUGCACCGACCAUGCACUCCUACGUCACUGACUGGCUGCUGUGCACGUGAGCAAGAUGUGACAAGCCAAAGAGGAGGGGGGUCCGAAGAAAGGGGGAGGAAUGUAAAGGGUAGUAGUUUGUAAUUCAAGUAGCUGUAAAGAAGGAAGUCUGCUUGGGAACCGGGAGAAAGGUCAUAUUUAUAACCAAGAACUCUCUCUCUCUUGUUAAGGCCACGUCAAAGGUCUUAUCGGGAACACAGUUAUAUCUCCAGACUGGCCGAUAAGCUCACUAGGAAUGAUAGUUGUAUUUGCAGACACUCGGCUAAUGCAGUGCAGGAAACUUCUGCAGGGAGGUUGGCUGACUGUGAAUGACCUACUUCUGAGGGCCUGAGUGAACAAGUUCAGAUUCCCAAAUAUAAAAAAAGUAACACAUACAAAAAACAGCGCAGAGACUGUGAUUAUUCUGUUUGGGUUAUGCAGCACUGUUGAUCCUAACUCUGUUUUCCCUCUUUGCUUUGUUUCCAGAGAUGGCAUCAGACUGUCAUGAGCUGUUCCUGAGAGGAGAGACCACAAGCGGAGUCUACACCAUCCAGCCAAUCAAUGCCGAGCCUUUUAAGGUCUUCUGUGAGAUGACAGCUGGUAAGUGACUUCCUCGUAUCCUGCUUUUUGUGUCCUUCAUUCACAGUGCAGGUUAGCUAAUAAUAAACUUUGGGCAAUAAGUCACCAACUUUUAACAGAAUGGUUCAAAAGUUAAACCGCACAAAAAAACUACUGUCUUUGUACAAACAAGUUUUUCUGAUCAAACUUUUUCAAUCCUUCCCUUCAAGAUGGCGGAUGGACAGUGAUCCAAAGGCGCCAAGAUGGCUCAGUGGACUUUGAUCAGCUAUGGCAAGCCUAUGAGAAAGGCUUUGGCAGCCUAAAUGGUAAAUACCCCCUUAUCUCACUCUCACUGAAAGCAAAACUAGACUGAGCAGGUGCUCCCUGGCCUGUCCAAGGUUAGAUGAGUUCACAGGGCUUUGCUGUCUUUUAACACGACAACAGCCCAGAGCAAGAGCUGGGCUCCUCAAAGCAUCUUAUCACGCCUUUAAAUGGAUCAAAGACAAACAGGGAUGGCUCAGCUAAGUGUAGUUUUCUCACCUUUCUCUCCCUCUCUCUUUGUUUUCUCUAGGAGAGUUCUGGUUGGGUCUAGAAAAGAUGUUCUCCAUUGCCAAAGACGGGGGUUACAUCCUGAACAUCAAGCUCUCAGACUGGAGUGGUGAUGUAGCAACCAUUCGUUUGCCCUUCCAAUUGGGCGGAGAAGAAACCAAGUACUCCCUGAAGAUUCAGGAGACCCGCACUUUCAGCCCUUUGGAGAUUUCCUUGGGGACCGACGCCACUUCAGGCCUACCAUUUUCAACUCGUGACCAAGACAACGACCAGAAAAGUGACACUAACUGUGCCAAACACCUCUCUGGUGAGUCAGAAUUUACAAGAAUAAAAAAAAGUUGUACCAUUUUUGCUUCAAAUGUGAUCUUGAGCCAAAGACUCAGCUUAUCUGGUAUCAUGCUUUGUCUUCCUAGGUGGCUGGUGGUUCAGUAGCUGUGGUCGCUCCAACUUGAACGGCAGGUACUUCCAGAGCCCUCCUCCCAAGCAAAGGCACCAGAGGAAGCAGAGCAUCUUCUGGAAGACCUGGAGGGGGCGCUACUACCCUCUGAAGUCCAGCAUGAUGAUGAUCGCUCCUGCUGUGAUUGAAAACAAGUCUUAAAGAACUGAAAGACACUGAAAGAAACAAGAUUAAGACAAAGAGAAGGGGGUGAAAGAAAUAGAUUUUGUACUGUUCUUUCUUUGAUGGUUCUUAGUUGAUGAGGUAGAGCUUAUUUUGUUUUGCCUGAUUGUCUCACUGCGAGGAAGACCUCAUACAAGAACCAAAGCCCCUAAAGGAACUCAUAUUUAACAAGUUCCAGGUUUCCAUUGCUCUGUUUCUCUAAGAGACAAGCAGCCGCAGAUGGAAAAAGACAAAAUGUGCUCUGGAAGCAUGCACACAUGUUGUACUAUCGCGUUGAUUCCUUCAUGCAACAUGAAUUAGGGCUUCUAGAGAGGAGAGCGCCACAGGGCCAGUCCCAGCCCGUCCAACGUGCUGUGAGCCACGAAGGAUUUCCAACAUGUCGACACUCAUCAUAAGGCAUUUGAUGUGUGCUGUUGUUGAGUAUUAAUGUGGCUGUGUAGCAAACAAAGAGCACUCUCAGCUCUAAGAAAAGCUUAAGAAUGGCUCUUUGGAGGAUGCAUGAAGGAGGGAAAUUAAGGCAGAUUAAGGCAGCCUUUCAAAUCCAAUGGUGCGGACCAAAUGGCGACUUAAUUAAAACAAAGAGUAAUUUUCCACACGAACAUGUUGAGAUUAGUGUUCAAAGGCAUUAUGUAAAGUUAUAAUUCACUGUAAACUAGGAUUAUGAUGGAGAAACUGUGUUAAGACUGGUGUUAGUAGUUCACAGGGCACUGACAACCAUUUCAGCCUUUUGUACAUUACAGUUUCCGACAGCAACUCUGAAUUCAAUCAAGUAUUUUCUACACUGGCUUUCAUUUUGUGUGGAGAUUUUGACAAUGUUUAGUCAUAUUGACUACCUUUAGGAUGUGAGACUUGGUUUUGUACAUAAUGUUUGAAGGAAAUGUCCUCUGGCUUUUCAGAAAUACAUGUAACUGUUCAUAUUUUGUUGUGAUGUCUUUUGUAUGUGACUUGAGACUCUGUUCUUGUAGAUGUUCCUUUUCCUUAUUUAAAAGCUGUAAAGAAUCAAUAUAUAUUUCUGGUGCUGCCUGUUUGUAAUUUAUAUUGUCUUUGUUGUGCUGUUGUAAAACUGUUUUAUAUAAGAAAAUAACCAUUUUUGGCCUGAAUGAGCCAAUAAAAUUGAUUCAGACUAAAAAUGCAUCUCUUCUUGUAUUUUGUGCAACAAUCUAAGAAUUCAGAAGCAUUUCAUAAAAUAUAUGAUUCAACG